AUGGGCCUGUUCUCGCACAAGGACAAGACAUCGCCGUCGGGCUUCUUCCCCGUCGACCAGACGCCCACCGACGAGCGCAGCGAGUCUGACGCCAUCAACAACCGCCCGCGCACCUCGACCUCGUCGGGCGGCAGGACGUCGCAGGACGCGGCUCGCCACUCGUCGUCGUCGACUGGAGCUGCCGCAGGCGCAGCAGCGGCGGCGGCGGCGGGCGCAGCUGGAGCGAGUCGGGCGCGCACUUCGCAUGACGGCGGUGCAGCUGCUUCGGCCUCGCCCAAGGUCGACCAGGCGCGCUCGUCCGGCCCGCUCACCAACGAGGUCCACUCGAGCCCCUCGAGCUCGUCGGGCCUCCCUGCUGGCGCCGCCCCGGCCGCCGCCGCCGCCGCCGCCGCCACCACCGCGGCCCACCACCACCCGUCCUCGUCCUCGUCCCCGACCGUCGCCCCCACUUCGGCUCGCGAGAUCAACAACCCCUCGUCCUCCUCCACCGCCGCCGCUUCGACCGGCCUACCCUCGAUCCAGGACCAGUCGGCCGGCCUCACCCGCGGCGCGACCCUCAAGGAGCGCUCGGCCACGCCCCACAGCCACCACGCCCAGCCCGGCUCGGACGCCGUUCUGAGCGAGGAGCAGGCCAAGCUCGCCGAGCACGACCACAAGUACCUCCAGCCGGUCGUCCACGAGCGUCGUCACAUCCACGAGGUCGAGGAGCUCGAGCGUCACCGCGUCGUCGACCGUCACGUCCACCACGUCCAGCACCACGUUCAGCCGCUCGUCGACGAGCGCCACCUCGAGACGGUGCACUCGUACCGCGAGGUCCCCGUCACGCACGUCGAGGAGGUGCACGCCAACACGCCCGACGACCGCGCGCUUCUCGCUCGGCUCAACGCCCAGAGCAUGAGCACCUACACGGUCGUGCCGCACCAGCGUGUCAAGGUCGACAAGGGCGAGACGCAGGUCACCGAGAACGUCGUUCACCACUACCACACGAUCGUCAUGCCCGUGUGGCAGCGUGACCUGCACGAGUUCUACCGCCUCAACUCGAACUUCUCGCCGGCCUCGAUGCUCAACUCGAGCGGCGGCCCGGCCGCGGCGCACGGCCACGCGCAGCAGCACAACGUCGCGUCGCCGUCGGUCCAGCACGGCGCGUUCGGGUCCGUCUCGCACCCGCCCGGCGCCAAGGUCGUCCCCGGCGGCGUGUCGCUCAUGGGCCCGCCGCAGGCUCGCGAGGGCCACAAGCUCGUGCCGGACUCGCGCCCCGAGAUCGGCGGCGAGAGCACGGCGUACGAGGUCGAGUACGUCAACCGCGAGCCCGUCUUUACCUCGUCGGCGACGCACCCGGUCCAGCGUCACGGCCUCCAGCAGCAGCAGCACUCGCCGCUCCAGCAGCAGCAGCAGCCGGGCGCCGGCAUCUCGGGCGCGCACGCGAGGCAGAGCAGCCUGUCGAGCUCGGUUGGGCGCCACGCCCGCACGUCGUCGCUCGGCCAGACCGUGCCAGGCGGCAACCUCGCGACGACGACUGGCGGCCACCACCACGGCCUCCACCAGCAGCAGCAGGCGUCGUCGCCGCAGAUGGCCGGCCUCGAGCAGGGCAUGCAGAACACCAACCUCGGCGUCGCGAGGUGAACGCUUCCUCCUCCCUCCCUCCUUCUCUCGUACAAAGACCCUCGAACUCGUAGUGCCUCGUUCUGUGUAGCUCUCUCUUCAGUCUUGAUAUCAGUCAGCCUGUCGUCGACC